ACACUUGUUUAGUUAGAAUUAUUAAGACGUAAAGAGAACGGACACACAGAGCCAACAAAACCUGAGUUUACUAUUAAGCUUUGAAUUUCGGUUUUCCGAAUUGCACAUGAAUUAGAAAUUAAGCUUUCAAUUUUCUUCACUUUCUUCUCAUCGCUCCGAAUCUACUCUUUCUUCGUCUUCUUCUAAGGAAUUUUGAGUGGUUUUUUAACAGCUCAAGGCUUUGUGUGCAAAUUAACUACAAAAUCAAUGGAUAAAGAUGGUAGGGGUGAAGAGAAUGUUGGUUUGAGAAAAGGGGUGGAUUUGGUAAGAGACGUUUCUGCUAAGCAUUUUGAUCUUUUAAGACCCUUUGCUCGGAGUAAUUCAAGAGGACAAGCAGUGGAUGCAAUGGUUCAUGGAAAGGGAAAGUAUGGCUUAAUUAGAGAUCCAGAGGACUUCCAGACAGGAAUUUAUGAUAAGCCCCUCCCAUGUUUUGGAUGCGGAAUUGGAUGGUUCUCUUUUCUUUUUGGAUUUCUUUGCCCUCCUAUGUGGUUCUAUGCAACAAUUCUUUAUUUUGGCAAUUAUUAUCGGAAGGACCCUAGGGAACGGGCCGGGCUAGGAGCUUCUGCAAUUGCUGCAUUGGUGUGCUCUGUAGGGGUGCUGAUAAUUGCAGCAAUCCUUCUGUUAAAAAAAUCACCGUCUCUCUAUUUAUAAUGCAAUUGCAAAGGUGAAUAUUCAGAAGCAAAAAACAUUUGAAAACGAUUCUGACGGCAUAUCAGAAACAAUUGAACAUACGUGUAUAAAACUUCAAUAUAGGUAAAACAAAAGGGUUGCAUUUUGUUUGUGAAGGUAAACCAGCUCAAGAAAUAUGUCUUCUACAGAAGUUGAGAGAAAAGGAUACAUUGUAUCUCUUCUUAUUUGAUGAUUUUUCUGAAUAACUCUUAUGGUGUGUAAAUGAAUCUCCCAAAAUUACUAUUAUUUUAAUAACAUGUGAAACAUUGAAGUA